GUCCCGCUUAGACAAUGCCCCGGAGCCGCCAGACCAUUGCGCCCCCGCCCCAUCGCCGUCUGUGAGCUCGCCUACCCAGGGAACCCCUCAAAAGCCCAAGCUCCCAGUCUCCCCCGAUUGAAGACUCUGGCUCCCAUCUUCAUCAACUCUCUCCUUUGGGGGUGGGGCCAAGGCCGAAAUCACAGCGCUGCGUGAGUGGAAGUGGCCGCUGACAAGUGAAGUAACGAGAAAACAGGAAUCAGCUUGGCUGGAAGGGGCAUCUGUGUGGAUGGGAUGGGGACGCCGGGGGAGGGGCUGGGUCGCUGUUCCCAUGCCCUGAUCCGGGGUGUCCCCGAGAGCCUGGCAUCCGGGGAGGGCGCGGGGGCUGGUCUUCCGGCUCUGGACCUGGCUAAAGCUCAAAGGGAGCAUGGAGUACUAGGAGGUAAACUGAGGCAACGACUAGGGCUACAGCUGCUUGAACUGCCUCCCGAGGAAUCACUGCCCCUGGGACCACUGCUUGGUGACACGGCCGUGAUCCAAGGAGACACGGCCCUAAUCACGCGGCCCUGGAGCCCAGCGCGUAGGCCUGAGGUUGAUGGAGUCCGCCAAGCCCUCCAGGACUUGGGGCUCAGAAUUGUGGAGAUGGGGGACGAGAACGCGACGCUGGAUGGCACUGACGUCCUCUUCACAGGCCGGGAGUUUUUCGUAGGGCUCUCCAAGUGGACCAAUCACCGAGGAGCUGAGAUCGUGGCAGACACGUUCCGGGACUUCGCUGUCUCUACCGUGCCGGUGUCCGGAGCCUCGCACCUGCGCGGCCUCUGCGGCAUGGGGGGACCCCGCACUGUCGUGGCUGGAAGCAGCGAGGCUGCCCAAAAGGCUGUCAGGGCAAUGGCAGUGCUGACUGAUCACCCCUACGCCUCUCUGACCCUCCCCGAUGACGCAGCUGCUGACUGUCUAUUUCUCCGUCCUGGGUUACCUGGUACCACUCCUUUCCUCCUGCACCGAGGAGGUGGGGACCUGCCCAACAGCCAGGAGGCUCUGCAGAAGCUCUCUGACGUCACUCUGGUGCCAGUAUCCUGCUCAGAACUGGAGAAGGCCGGCGCUGGACUCAGUUCCCUCUGUCUGGUGCUCAGCACACGCCCCCACUGCUGAGGGCCUGGGCGUGGGGCUCCAACUGGCCAGGAAUAGAGCCGUAUAGGGGGUAGAAUCAGGUAAUAGAGGAUGGGCGGUAGGUAGUGGUGGGGAGAGGCCGCAGGACAAGGGAGGGCUUAGCGUGAAACAAAGAAUAGGAGCCAUUGAGUGAGUCCUCUCUGUCAGAACCAAUAAAAGAAAAUUGGCCUUUUA